CAAACAAACAAAAUCUCAUCUCAAGCAAUAAGUGGGUACAGCGGGGGCCAGCACUCCAAUCAAGUCACAGCUUCUGCUAGCACUGGCAAGGCAUGAGGCUUCCACAACCAUUUACGUUGUCCCGUUGCCCGUUGCACAGUUACGAACAGGAUGUGGAUGGAUGUGCAUGCUCUCCUCAGACCCAGCUCUUCGGAGGUACCUUUAUUAUUCCAUCAUCGCCGCAUUCUCAUCUGUCUUUGUUUUGCACCCUUUCAUUCCCAUUUUCCCUCCAACGCCCUGAGCAUUUUGAGCUUCUAGUGCUGCCAUCAUCACCGCUGAUCUCAACGAGCAUCAGCUCAGUUCUACCAGGGCUAAUCUCCCCGUCCAAUGCCCCCCUGCGCGCCCGGGCCCCUAAUCUCACGAACACCCACCAGUCCAAAGCUAUCGCCUGCUGCUGCUGCUUUUGUUCCUGCUGAGAAAUAAAAACAACAACAACCAAACACGCCUUGUUCACCAAGCUUCCCUCCCCGGCUUCCUCAUCGUUCAAUGUCCGACGCAGCCUGAGAUAGCAUCCUAAAAAUACUGCGCGCAGUAGUCGAUACCGAGAAUUCAAGGGAAGAGUCAACACGGCCUAGCACUGCAAGCCACCCGUCGCCUGCCAACUCCCAUCGCAACCGUAAUUGCAGCAUCUUAGAUGAUAAAUCAACGCGCCGACUUCAAACACCAAAACAUCCUUUCAGCAUCCGUACGCGAUCUUCACCACCAGCAUCCUAUUAAUCGCGUUUUUACCACAUCAAACAACCUUUUUCAUCCACACAAUCCUCAGUUUUGAACCUCACUAUGGACGCCAGGCCUUUCCGACCGCGUGGCGCAGAAAACGCACCCCAUCUUGAACAAUCAAACAAGUCUUCAGGAAAUCUGGCAAUGGCCAACACAAACACAGCAGCUGGUUUCCGCGGCCCAGCGAAGCGAGCCGCCUUCGGUGAUAUGACCAAUGUUAGCAAGCAGGCUGUAUACACUCGCGAUGAAGGCAAAUCGAUGAAGAUUUACGCUUCGAAAGGUGUGAACAACAACCACGGCGGCGCGCCUCUAAACAAGGAGAACACUGUCUAUAACAAAGAUUCUUUCUCUCGUCCAGCGCAAAGGCUACCCAACAUCUCGUCGACACGAACCGUCCUAGAAAAUAAGUCAUCUGACGCGAAUAAGAAGACAUCGCGUAACAACGUUCAAGAAACGUACGUCAGGAAAGAUACCCACAAUGCCACCAAGGCUCCUGCUCUGUCAACUCAGAAUGCCCCUGCUCUUCAGCCACGCCACUAUAAGAGCCAACCUCAGCUCAAACCUCAGCAACAACAAGCUAGUCUGCGUCGCACCCAAAGCAAGCAGCUGGAAAAGAUAGUGCCAAAAGCGGAUGUUGAGCUCGGCUCUAAAUCCUCUAACCCUGUUGUAAUGUCGCUGCAGGAGGCUGAUUAUCCCUACGACCAAGGCGCCUACCUCGAUUCUAUGUAUCUUCCCAUCGAGACCGGUGUCGACCUGGAUAUGCUUCAGAAGGAGGAAUAUCCCGAGUCACACAUCAAGCUGCCUGAGAUAUCCGAGGAAGAACCCAUUGUUCCCAUCCCUUAUGACCCAUCUGUCCCUGCCAUGUCAGAACCUGAAGAGUGCUGGGAGGAAGCUGAUGACGAGGACUUUGAUGACCAAGACCAAGCAUACACAACAGCGCACUCAGUUCGCUCACGGGAUAUGACUGCUGGAGGUGCUACAGAAAUUGUUCCACUGCCUCGUAUGACAGCUCGCGUUCAACGCGAACUUGAGGAUGCACGUGAAGAGGUGGAGCGCACUCGCACACAAGACGAGGUUGAAGAAGAGCUUUGGGAUGUCAGCAUGGUUGCCGAGUAUGGUGACGAGAUUUUCGAGUAUAUGCGCGAGCUUGAGAUCAAAAUGCUUCCUAACGCGCACUACAUGGAUAACCAAACCGAGAUUCAGUGGUCAAUGCGAUCAGUCCUAAUGGACUGGCUUGUACAGGUUCACAACCGAUUUGGUCUCUUGCCUGAGACGCUUUUCCUGACAGUUAACUACAUCGACCGUUUCCUUUCCCAAAAGAUCGUCUCAAUUGGCAAGCUCCAACUUGUCGGUGCCACCGCAAUCUUGGUAGCCUCCAAGUACGAAGAGAUUAACUGUCCUUCUUUGGGUGAGAUCGUUUACAUGGUUGACAAUGGUUACACUGCCGACGAGGUCCUGAAGGCCGAGCGUUUCAUGCUUAGUAUGCUGAGCUUCGAGCUGGGUUGGCCGGGGCCCAUGAGCUUCUUGCGACGUGUUAGCAAAGCUGAUGACUAUGAUCUUGAGACCCGAACUCUGGCCAAGUACUUCCUGGAAUUGACCAUCAUGGACGAGCGUUUCGUAGCAUCCCCCCCUAGCUUCCUGGCUGCGGGUGCACAUUGUCUUUCUCGACUCAUUCUCAAGAAGGGUGACUGGGUAAGUUAGAGUUACGACUAUGCUUAUAGAUUACACAGGCUAACUUGCAAUGCAGACUAAGCAACAUGUCUUCUACUCGGGCUAUACCUGGAGUCAGUUGAAGAACUUGGUGACGAUGAUGAUUGAAUGCUGUGAUCGUCCGGACCAACACCAUGCCGCCGUCUUUGAAAAGUAUACGGACCGCCGGUAUAAGGGAGCGUCUUUGUUAGUGCAAGAAGCUCUCGAUACUGGCUUCACUCUUCCUCACCAGCUAUCUCCCGUUCGCCGAGAGCUUCAAGGAUAUCGCGAAGGCAGUGCCGAGUUGUCCAUUGCGCAGCCCCAACUCAUUCCCAUUGAAGGAUAAGAAGCCAUCAUGACCCGGUUGGCACAUGCUUGUGGCGGGUCCUUUCUGGUACAUGGCGCCCGCCAACUUAUCGCCAUUUCUUCUCUUCUCCAGCCUGGCGCCGAGCAUUGCGACCUGCCACACCGGCGAUUGAGAUGUUUUGACUGUUGUUGUCGUUGCGUCGGUACUUGACCGGACCGGGGUAUCUUUACUACUUCAUCCGGACCGGAAUAGCAGGUGCGGCCAGCUCCCGGACAAGCCCUAAUUACCUACCCCAGACUUUGUCUCGACACAGGCUACGGCUAUUUUCGCUCUUGGCCGGGCUUUUUUUCUUGCCCUAAUCUCGUUCUUAAAGACGGUGGUUCUUUUUGACAUGAACUCUUUACUAAUACCCGGCCGGGGCUGGGCACAACAUAACAAUUUAAUAUGAGCGGCGACACUCCCCACAUGCUACCCCCCUGGACUCCUCUUCUCCAUCAUUCGCCUUGCCUCAACCCCAGACUCUCGAGCUUGUAAGGAGAGGAAAGCAGUGGAGCGAAAGGUACAAAUACUGUAUAACGACUCUGGAUGACUGUUACGAAUAUCACGAUUGUGCGACUGCGAUUAUAUCAUCUUUUAUUGCCUAUUUGGCUGGUUUAAUACAUUUUCGGAAUUCGGCGUUGCGGGAACGGUCUCUUCCACCACCAACUUACAUACAUGCGACUGCAUAUAUGGAAUUGUAAGUGGGAUAUGGACUAGGGACGAAGGCGUAUGGAGGAUUCUUCAGGGACCGUUGGGGGAGGCUGGACUUUUGAGUGGUGGAGGGCUCGCGACCUCAAGCAGAAUGGAGUCGACCAUAGACCAGAGCAAGUGGGAUGGAGAUACAAUCAGCCAUGAUCACCACUGCCACCAUCGCCAGUAACCCCAUAGGCCCCCAGUUUGCAUUUACAGUAGCAUAUAGAUUAGUAGAGGCUCUGGACGCGUGUAUGGUAUCUAAUCCUCAAUUCUCUUGUUUCAAUAUUGUCACCUGAUGUUCCUUGUGCCAUUUAGUAUAUCAGACCAGUGGGCGCUUUGUCUUUGCUGCUUCAGUCCGGGACUGGGGCAUGUCUUUAUCAUGUUGAGAGGUUCUUCAACAGAGAUGCAUACUUUCAUAUCUAGUAUUUUGCAAGGCGGGUUCUAUCUCCUAUAAUGUAUGGCUUUCACUUGCCGGUUGUCUUGUAUAAAUACCGAGAUAGAAAAACGUUGUGUUUUGCACUUGCCGUGCAAUGCAUCUUGCAGGUCGUUUAAAUCAGACAAGAUAUGUUCAUAUCACACGACUUGCCAUCCACGCAAGUUAUAUCAUGUUGGGAGAUCUAUGUAUACAGGACUAAAAAACAAGAUCACGAAACCUGUCGCUAACUUUAAUCAUAUCGAGGGGGAAUAUAUUAAGGGC